UGUCGAAUUCCCUUUCCACCUACCCAUGAAGUGUGGCGAUUGGUUUUUUUGUAGGUGAGCACUGAUCACGUCGCACAUGUCAUGCGGCCAUCUAAACGCUGGAGUAUCACCGUUAUCGCGGAACGCGACGACGAUACGUGCUGAGCAAUGGUGAAUACGGAACAAAUCGACCACCAAUAGCCCCCCUGGAGCGUAAAUGGCACGGCUUUCGGAACUUUAUCAGUAUGACAACCUGCCUACUCAGACCUCCUUCAGGGUUUUAGAGCUUCUACCUGGGCAAGAAGGCGAUCAAAUAUCAUGUUUGUUACACACUGUGGACUGGUCCAAUCCACUGGAAUAUGAAGCUAUAUCUUAUGCUUGGGGUGAUCCAAAUGCUAAAGAAUCGAUCACUUGCCAUGGAAGAGGACUGGAGGUGACCCGAAAUCUUCAUACGGGACUCACCCAUCUCCGGCUUCAAGAUCGGUCAAGGAUUUUGUGGGCAGAUGCUAUCUGUACAAACCAAUCAGACAUUCCUGAACGUAGCAGUCAAGUCAGUCAGAUGCUCAGGAUUUACCAAAGCGCAAAAGCUGUCCUCAUAUGGCUUGGACCAGAUUCAGAGGAACAAUAUGCCCAAUUCGCCAUCCACUCGAUUCGGACAAUCUCGGACUUUUUAUGCCAUAAGGUUGGCAUUUCAGUGUCAGACCUGAGCUCCAUCAGUGAUGUUUACCAGGAAGUUGUGUUCAAGAAUCGCGACUCUCUCCCUCUGCCAAAUGCGUGCGAAUUCAGCACUGAGGCCAUGUGGAAAGCCCUGGUCUGGUUCUAUUCCCAUUCUUAUUUUACUCGAGUAUGGGCUGUUCAAGAAAUAAAUGCCAAUAAAGCACGAUUGCUUCACUGUGGUCAUGCGAUGAUUGAAUGGGGCCGAGUUGCUUUGGUUGCUGGCUAUAUCAUUAUGGAAACUGCAUUCUCCAAAAGUUUCGGCUUCACGGGCGCGCACUGCUGGUGGGCAGCUAUCAUGACAACAGAGCGUAUCAGACAACCCAAGAAUUGGCUGUUCAUGCUGUAUCUCGCAUCCAACUUCUCUAGUACAGAUCCAAGAGAUCAGAUAUACGGUCUCCGGGGCCUAAUGAAGUUCUCCGACGGGGCCGGGCUUCUGGAUCCCGACUAUGGCAAGUCAACUGUUGACGUGUAUCGAGAGGGGCAAAGCAUUUAAAUGUUGGGGGAAAGAAUUAUGAGUUUAAAAGUAAAAAUUUAAUAAAAACCGAGUUUAAGAAAAGGGAUAAAAGGGUUAGAAGUUAAGAG